AUGAAUAAGUUUGAAUACCUUGAGGCAUAAAUUAGGAUUGAUAAUGAUUACUUUGACAAUCUAAUAGCUUCAUUAUAUGAUGAAAUUAGUGAAAAAUGCAUUUAAGAAAAAGUUUAUGAGCUGCAAAUAGCAAUAAGAAUAUACAUAGAUUUGGUUAUUAAGUAAAAUCAUUUGAGUGCACUUCAAUUAGAAGAACAUAUAAUAAGUUCUGUGAACGAAGAAUUUGACUUAAAUUAAUAGUCUUUAAAACCAGAAAUCAUGCAUCCUGCUAUUUUUUCAGUACCAAAUGAAGAAAUGAUUAUUGAAACAGAAAUCAAACAAUCUAUGAAACCUAAAGUUUUUAUGGAACUUGAAGAUCCUAUUUUUUCAGAAGAGGAAAAGCAAAGUUUAGAAAUGUAUGGUAAGGCAAUUUUCGAUGUUAAAUGGUAUUACGAGGAUAUGUCUUUUAAUCGAAGAAAGUAUAAUCAAUACAUUAGUUACCAAGAUUUAGAGGAGUUCAGUGAUUGUAUCUUUGAAACAGAGUAUUUAAACUUAAGCUACAAUUUAUUAGGAAAAAAAGAAGAAAUAUAGAUUUUAAUGCGCCCAUUUGAUUAAUAAACCUAAAACUCUUAAGACAAAUCAUCAUUGUAUUUGAAGCGUAUAUGGUUUAUUGAUUGGCCUAGCAAAAAUGAAUAUAGCUAUAAAUUAGAUCAUAAAAUCGACUAAUUAAUACAAGAAAAAUUUUGCAAAAAUUAAGCCAAAAUGGAAUUUUCCUAUCAAUAAAUAAGAAAUUUCAAAAUGAAUAAUUAAUAAGGAGAUCAGGUCAUCAAAUUCGAGUAAGUAGAUGAUGACUUAACAGCUUUGAUAAUUAAAAAAGAAGAUAAAAGCAAAGCUAAGUGUGGAUUUAGAUGUUAUUUAUAAGACUCUAAUGAAAAAAGAUAUCGCUUAUAAUGUAUUGUGAAACAAAAGAAAUGGGACUACAUUCAUGCAUUUUUUGAAGCUAAAUAAUUGGCAGUUGAUGAUUGGAAUAUCUAGCUAACUAUCUUAGAAAUAGACCUGAUUCCUGAGAAUAUUUCAAAGUAUCUAGAAAAUUCAUUCGUACAUCUUAUAAAUUCAUAAACCCCUACAAGAAUGAAAAAGAUUAAGUUAAAUAUGAUGAAAUAUCGGCUAAUGAAAUUCAAUGAUAUUGUUAAAUUCCUGUUUCAUGGAACAUCCAAGACAGAACCAUCUAUGAUAUUCUAAGGGGAAGAUGGUUUUGACAACAGAUUUUCUGGGAAUGAUAAUUACGGUUUUGGAUCUUAUUUCUCAUAAAAUUCGCAGAUUUCUCAUUAGUAUGCUUAUACUAAAGGAGAUAAAGAAUAUCAAAUAUUUGUAGCAUUGGUCAUAGUAGGAGAAACAUUAAAAUGCUCACAAAAAAUGAAAGACUUAAGACUACCUCCUUUAAAGCCAAAUAGUAAUAUAGAUAGAUAUGAUUCCAUCUACGAUAAUACUUUGAGCAAUUAUAUAGUCUAUGACAAUAAUAAAUCUUAUCCAGGAUAUUUAAUCACCUAUAGACUACCAUGA